AUGCUAUUGUCAAACACCUUCAUCUACUCAGGACGACUGAAGUGUGGUACGGCUGCUGUCGCUUCCCGCAAGCUCGAACUCCUCCGGCCUGACGGUCUCACUGCUUACCACCAUGGUCCGCAGCAAUCAAAAUCGAGUGUGGUAGAGGCUUGUACUGGCACUAAUGUAACACACUGUUGGAUCUCUCGUUCCUUAUCGCCAGAUCAACCUGUCGUGUUCAUCAACACCGAUCUCAUCUCAUCAACCCUAGAAGCGCAAUUUGGAUCACGCAUCACCAACACCUUAGAGGCACGGCUUGUCACGCAGCUCACGGUGUCUCUUCUCAGCCUGGGUGUCCCCGCCGGAGAAGUUGGAAUCAUAGCAUUCUAUCGUUCACAGCUCGCCUUGCUGCGACAAAGCCUCGCUUCUGCACACACCCAAACACAGAUCUCCGAAUUUGCUGCUCCCACUAUCAGUGGUCGAGGUUGUGCUGGAGUCGAGCUACAUACUGCGGACAAAUUUCAAGGUCGGGACAAAGAAGUCGUCAUCGUGUCUUGCGUACGAAGCAACGAGAACGGCACAGUCGGUGAUCUUCUAAAGGAUCGUAGACGCGUCAAUGUCGCUCUCACACGCGCGCGAUCAAAACUUGUCAUUAUCGGUAGUGAGAAGACAUUAUCAAGCAACGAGCUUUUGCGUGAUAUGGUCGCCCUCUGCCGAGAGAAAGACUGGGUGCUUGAUCUCCAACCCGACAUGGUGGAGUCACAUUCCUUCGACGAAAGCAUCACGCAAACUAGCAAGACACCUGUGAGACAGUCGAAUUCUUCCAUGUUCACCAGCAAGAUGGCAAAGAGCCCCAGGCUAACGCCCAGUCCUUCGAAGAAGCGCAAAGUACUCGGCGAUCUCACAGCGAAACCUGGCAAGGUGAACGUUAGGAGUCCGAAGAAGAGGAUUGGUGGUAAAAUCACAAGUGGAAGUCCUGAAGAGAAGCGGAUACCCGGAAAAGUCAUUACAGCAGGAAAGAGGGGCGUAUUCGAGGGCAGACCGAUCUUGAGGGAUAUUUACAAUGGCGCCAUCUAA